AUGAAGGCCACGCACAGCUUCGGAGACCAGACGGAUCAGAAGGAGGGAUUUGAUGUUCACAUCCCGGAACUGCCACAAGUUGAGUUUGGGGGCAAAAGCGAUCUUUCAAUUGCGCCGUCUGCAGCUUGUUCCCGGCCCAUACCAGAGGGCUUCAACCUCCCCAAGACAGAGCUCUUCUGGACCAAUCAACGUGGGCACAAGCUCCACAUCCGCCACUUUGAGCACGAGAAUCCCUUGGCUCUGGUGGUUCUCAUUCAUGGCUAUGGCGCUCAUAUGAACAGUCCGCAUGUGUACCAGACAUCCUGUCUAUAUGCGAAGUCCCUGGAGGCAGAGAUUAUGACCUUCGACAUGCAGGGUCAUGGCUACUCGGAAGGGCCGCGUGGUGCCGUGGCCAGUUUCGAUGACAUGGCCGAGGACGUAGAGUCGUUUAUGCGGCUGAUCUACACUGCGAGAGAGGCCAAGGGCCAAGACUUUCACCUUUGCCCAUCAGACGCCCUUCAAAGGAUGCAAAAGCUACCCUUCGUUUUGGGUGGUGAAAGCAUGGGCGCGGCUGUUGUUCUUCUUGCAGGCUUGCGCCUGCAGGUGAAGCCCAUCCCAAACGGGUGCUUUGGUGGGGCCGUGCUUCCUGCCCCCGCAGUGCGGGACCCGAGCACAGGCAAGGGCCCUACCUUGCUUACGCGUUCACUCUGCUCAUUGGUGCGGUUGGCACCCGCUUUGGGUGAAGUCGGGGUGCCGAAAGCAUUUCUCCCCAAAUUCACGGGAGCAGCCAUUUUCGAAGAUGCCACUUUGGCAGAUCACUUCGAUCGUGACAAUAGCGGAUCUCAGUCAGGAUCCCUCGGCUUUCUACACACGCCAAUGAAUGCACGGACCGGCACAGCUUUCGUGGAGAUGUUCCAGAAAAUGCCUACGGUGCUGCCCAUGGUGAAAUUUCGAGUCCUCAUCUUCCACGAGUGGAUCUCGGAACUCAUUGCGAGCACAGACAAGAAGCUAGUACCAAUUCCUGGAGGCUUGCAUGCACCGCAUUUCAACAGACUUGACGUAGUGCUGCCUCACUUCCGCGACUUCUUGCUCCGACAGGUGAAGAAGGAGACCUCAUCAGAGUCCGCUCUUGGAGAAGAAGGCCGUCAAAAUCCGGGUGCAGAUGCUGAGACUGCUUUGACCAACGCCAUGUCCAAGUGGCCAGCACCCGCAAGGACUGCUCCUGAGGUGUCCUUGCUCUUCUUGCUUGCCUAUGCGGUCUGCUGUACUUCGCCAUUGUGGGUUUGGGCUCUGGGCGAAGGUUGGGCAGGCAUUUCGGUGCUAGCUGUCCUCGAGGCUACAUUGUUCCUUCUCUUCGCAUGCACUCUCCUGGCCGCCAUGCGGAUGACUCGGCUUCUGCGUGCAAGCAACCAAAGGGCGGCCUCUCCCUCGCAGAGCCCGGAGGUUGCUACCUGGCAGCACCUCGUGUGCGUGCCUGUUUACAACGAGCCAGACGAGGUUGUGUUGGCUACGCUGAGCGGACUGAACAAGUCUGCGGCCGCCCCUCGAAUGCGGGUCGUCUUCGCCAUGGAGGAGGCCACUGACAGAGUUGACGAGCGCUUUGAGCGAUACAAGCAAUGCUUAUCGCGCAUCCCGGAGGUGUGCCGCUACGUGCACCCUGUUGGCGCGGUGCAAGGUGAAGUCCGAGGUUUGUGUUCCAACCUGGCACAUGCCAUGUCCGUUGAUGUCCCUAAGCUGGUUCAUCGGUGCAAUGGUAAUGUGGAGGCUUUGUCCAAAUAUGUGUUCACCAAACUCGACUCCCAAGUGCAUCUCCCUCCGAACUACUUCGAAGAGCUGGAAAUGUCCUGCCAACGAGUGGGUCGUGAGGCCGUUGUAUUUCAGCCUCUCCCGGUCAACCUGGUGAACCGACAGCUUAGUCAUGGCCCAAUGCGGGCCAUUGCAGCUGCUCGGACUUUCUCCUACCCAAUUCUUUUUGCCUUGAACCUUAUGACCGUCACCUGCUACAGUGUGCCACUGGUUCAGUACAUGAAGAUGGGCCUGACUCAUGCUGGCUACCUUGGUGAGGACAUGAUGAUGCUGGCACAGGCGGCCUCAACAGGUGGUGGCCGCGCUCGUAUUGUCGUGCUUCCGGUUCUGGUGGGGGUUGCACCCCCUGUGGGCACUACAUUGUGUGGGGCUAUGAAGGCAGCAGCCCAUCAGAGUUUGCGCUGGGCUGGUCAGACAGCAGAAGUAGCCGAAUUCUGUUGGCGGUUCAAGGCUUGGGGGAGCGCUUGUCGAAAUUUGUGGUGGCUGCUGAAAUACUGGCUGAUACGGUGCUGGCUUUGUUCUGGCAUAGGGCUGUUCAGCUUCCUCCUCCUCCUGGCCGCUUACACUUUUGGUUCCAACCUACCUGAAGAGCAAGCAACAAUGCUCUCCGUUAUGGAGAAGAGCAUGUCCGCACUGGUACUGACACUCACCUUGGUGAUGCCCUUCUAUGAGCAGUACCUGGCAUCACUUGUUUUAGAUAGCACCUUGUCAGCUCCUCUGAGCCAACUCCCUGGAACCCUGUUGGGGGCUCCUGUGGGAUUUCCAUUCAGUUUUGCUUGCGACCUGCUGGCUUGGAUCAAUCUCCUAGCCUUCGGCAAACAUGCAAUAGCAUCCUCAUCCAGAAGGAAGGUGGCUGCAACCAAUCAGGCACCUCCAUUCUCAGAUGUUUGUCCGUCCACUCUUUGA